AUGCUGACCCGGGUCGGCCUGGUUCUGCUGUUUCUGGUUGGGUCUGCGGAGCGGGCUCAGCGCGAGGACUACGACAGCUGGGCGGAGCAGGCGGGGAUGUCCGAGGGUCUCUGUCGCUAUGGGAACAGCGUGGAGUGUUGCUGGGGCUGGAGACAGACGGACUGGGGACGCUGUCAACCUUACUGUCAGCAGGGUUGUAAACACGGAGAGUGUGUUGGACCAGACAGAUGCAAAUGUUAUCCAGGAUACACGGGCAAGGCCUGCAACCAAGAUCUGAACGAGUGUGGCGUGAAGCCUCGGCCCUGUAAGCAUCGCUGCAUGAACACGCCGGGCAGCUACAAGUGUUUCUGUCAGGACGGAUACACACUGCAGCCAGACGGCAGCUGCAGCAAUGCCCGAACCUGUUACCAUGCCAACUGCCAGUACGGCUGCGAGGUCAUGAAGGGGGUGGUCCGAUGCACCUGUCCGUCGCCGGGGUUACGGCUGGGACCAGACAGACGCACCUGUAUCGACAUCGAUGAGUGUGUGUCGGGCGGAGGUGUGUGUCCUCGUCGCAGGAAGUGUGUGAACACGUUUGGCAGCUUCCUGUGUAAAUGUCACCUCGGCUUCAAACUCACGUACAUCAACGGACGCUACUCGUGCAUCGAUAAGGACACUCGGCCGUUCUGCUCUCUGAACCCGUCCUCUCCAAAGUGCCGCUGUAAAGACGGCCACUGUAAAGCUGUACUCAAAGUGACUCUGGAGCCACAGAGACCGAGAACUACAAGAACUACAACUCCCAACAUCAUCACCACCGCAGCUACUACUGCUGCUACUACGAAUCUUCUCACAACAACAGCAACGACAGCUCAGCCGAUCGCCACGACAACAACUCCGGUUACUUCUAGGACCGCUGUGACCACGACAGCCUCUCCGGUACUGACUACAACUAGAACUACAAAACCUGCAACCACUAAAACUACGACUACUUCAAGUACAAAACCUGCUACGACCGCUGCAAGUACGACUGCCUCUAUGCCUCUGCGUACAACAACUGAACUAAGAACUACAACUGAACUGGGAACUACAACUGAACUGGGAACUACAACUGAUCUGGGAACUACAACUGAACUGGGAACUACAACUGAACUGGAAACUACAACUCCCACAAUACCUACGACUACUUCUUCGAGGACAGCACCUACUGCUGCUUCUACAUCUGUUACUUCUACUACUAUUUCAAGUACAACGCCUGCAACUACGAGUACUUCUACCCCGGAUACUUCAGCUUCUCCUACAGCGGAACCAACAACAACAACAACAACAACAACAACAACGGUUACCGUGACGACGGCGUCCGCCCGCCCGCCAACGACAACGGUGGACAACCGGAUCGAUAAGGACGUGACGCAGAGACAGAGAGGAGACGUGCACAUCCCUCGUCAGCCCAGUCCCAACCAGGUGUGGGAGUUUGACAUCGAGCUGGGGAACACGGCCGAGGACGCCCGAGAUGAUCCUGAGGUUGGUGUGCUUCACUGUACCUUCGAUCACGGACUGUGUGACUGGAUGUCCGACAGAGAAGGAGAUCUACACUGGGAAACAGCUCACAGACCCACAGGUGGGCGUUACCUUUUGGUCCCAGAGCUGAAGGCGGGACAAAGGAGCGUCCGCGGAGCUCGACUGGCCGUCCAAAUAGUCCCGCCCUGGAGCCACGGUGACCUGUGUUUCUCCUUCUCCCAUUGGCUGACGGGGCAUCACGUGGGCGUGCUGCAGCUGUUUGUGCUGGAAACGGGACAACACCAAAGGUACAGCUCCGCCCUCUGGAGCCGGACGGGUGGACACGGAUGGAGACACACGCAAGUUACCUUGGCGACGCACUCGCUGGACAAGGUGUUGUUGAAGGCCGAGCGGAGGAAAGGACGGCGAGGACAGAUGGCUGUUGAUGACGUCACCCUGAGACCGGGCGCGUGUCGGUGACACCAUCCACUGUUUUUAACAUUGACAGUAAUUCCACUUCUGGUUGUUAUUGUUGUUGUAAUAUUGUGAACAUCGUUGUAUUUCAUUAUCUUUCCAGAUGUUUCCCACGUGUGUAAAUAUCUGUUCAAAGACCACAUGAGUCCUUUUUGUCAUUUCAAUCUGUUUAAGUACGUGCAGUUUUUAUGUGAUUUUGUAUAUAUAUAUUAUAUAUUAUAUAUUUUUCAUAAACACUGACAUGAUAAACUCGUCCAUUCAUUUGUGACAUUUUGAAUAAAACAUCUGCCUCU